AUCUGCCAAAUUUGAUCUCUUCUGUUGUAAAAAUGUGGAACAUCUCCAACUUUAUUUUGGACACAAUCGAAUGCGGGGGACUUCCGGUAAAGAAGCCCCGCCCACUUGGUUACAGUUGUCUUGACAACGGCUGCGAGUUGAUUAGACGCUAAAACGCUCGCUGCCCGUUGGACUAAAUGACAUGUCCUGGUGAAAAAUAGUAAGUUUUAAGGGAGUUUAUUAUUCAUUGUUGCUUCUUAACGGCAUUAUUGUGAGAAGAAGGAGCCGCCAUGUCGGAAGUACGUCAAGAUAAGACGGUGAAAAGAGACAAGAGGACCAGCAAGGCGCCUUCGGAGGGAAGCCAUGUGAUAAAAGGCAAAGACACCGCUGGCAAGACCAAGGACUCUCUAAGCAACGUGUCCUGCAUCGACGAGCACCACGAUGGCACCACGAUGGCGGUCACGCUGGAGAACACCUACCAGAUGGGACCUCGCAAACGCUUCCCAGCCCACGCUGCCUUGGAAAUCCUGAAGGACGUGCUGAGGAGUUACCUGCAGGAGGAGAAGUACGAGGUGGACUGGUCUCGACAGAUGACCAAAACCUUAUGUGAGGUGAUCCGGGCCCGCGUGAAGGAGCUGAUGAUCCGCAGGUACAAACUGGUGGUCCUGGUCCACAUCGGUCAGCUGGCCGGACAGAGCAUGCAGAUCAGCAGCCGCUGUCUGUGGGACGCCACCUUCGACACCUUCGCCACCUGGUCCUUCAAGAACAGCUCCCUGUACGGCGUGGCCUCGGUCUACGCCGUCUACUACGAGUGACAAAACACCUGCCAGAGGUCCACUCUUUAUUGUUCUUAGCCUGGUCCUUGGUCUUGGUCUGCCAGUACACCUGGUCUUGUUGGGACAGUCCUUCUCUGCCAAGACAGCAGUCAACCACCAGGCCUCAAUAAAGUUAGUACAGCGUUUACUUUUACGAGUAAUCUAAUUACUUUUACCUCCAUUACACUUGAUGUAACCUGGAAUGGACCAUCCAAACAAUACCCCGUUUGUUGACAAGAUGAUAUAAAGCACAUUCAAUCUCUUUAUUAAGCAGAGGUAACACAAUCCGGUGAGAAGAAUAUUGAACAACAAAUCAAUGAGUGAAGCGACAAACUUGCCAUCCAAACAAUAGCCCGUUUGUUGACAAGAAGAUAUGAAGCACAUGCGAUGUCUUUAUUCAGCAGAGGUAAACAUCCGGUGAGAAGAUUCUAAAGAGCAGACACAGUGCCGCUGCUAACUGCUAAAGCUAACAAACGCAGCUCGCGGCGAAACCCUUGAUGACGUCACACGUCACUAGGCAACAGGCCCCGCCUUUUAAAAGCACAGACUCCGCACUUUCAACUGCAAAUGCCAGAUAGAUAUUUUCAGUAACACAUUUAACUACUUUACUUAGUAAUUAAUUACAUUUACUUCAGAGUAAUUUUGUGCGUAACUUAUUUACUUUUUUGAUAAAGGAACGAGUAACUAAUUACCUUUUCAGUCUUAAACAUGGUCGGUCAUUUGCAGGCAUGAGUGUAGUUAAAAUGGAGUUAAAAUGUAAUUAAAAUGGAGUUAACAUUUAAUUAAAAUGGAGUUAAAAUCUAGUUAAAAUGUAAUUAAGUGGAGUUAAUAUCUAGUUAAAAUGGAGUUAAAAUUUAAUUAAAAUGGAGUUAAAAUGUAAUUAUAAUUGAGUUAAAAUGGAGUUAAAAUUUAAUUAAAAUGGAGUUAAAAUCUGGUUUGAAUGGAGUUAAAAUGUAAUUAAAAUAGAGUUAAAAUCUAGUUAAAAUGGAGUUAAAAUGUAAUUAAAAUGGAGUUAAAAUCUAGUUAAAAUUGAGUUAAACUGUAAUUAAAAUUGAGUUAAAAUGUAAUUAAAAUGAAGUUAAAAUCUAGUUAAAAUGUAAUUAAAAUGGAGUUAAAAUCUAGUUCAAAUGGAGUUAAAAUGUAAUUAAAAUGGAGUUAACAUUUAGUUAAAAUGUAAUUAAAAUGGAGUUAAAAUGUAAUUAAAAUGGAGUUAAAAUCUAGUUCAAAUGGAGUUAAAAUCUAAUUAAAAUGGAGUUAAAAUCUAAUUAAAAUGGAGUUAAAAUGUAAUUAAAAUGGAGUUAAAAUCUAGUUCAAAUGAAGUUAAAAUGUAAUUAAAAUUGCACUGUAGCACUUUGAGGUUGUUUGCUCAAUGUAAAGUGCUUUUACACAUAAAAUAUAUUAUUAUUAUUAUGUUAGAACCAUAUGAACCAUCUCAGGCUCUGAGAACCUCAGGACGUGGUCUCCUGCUGACACGUUAGAACUGUGAAGGACUCUCAAACUGUGGUAAGUGUACUACAAGUGGUACGCCAAAGAAUCACGCGAUUCAAUACUCAAAGUGUUACUGUUCAAACUGUGUAAUGUUACGGUGGCCAACAAUAAU